AAGAUAAGAAGACACAAAAAUAUAGUAUUAUUUUGUUUACAUAAACGUUGCUAUCCUUGUCAUUAUCAAUUUUUUAUAGUAUCCACUUCCUUAUCUUAAGAAUAUAUCAAGAUUGUUAUUUAAUACAAUAAUUAUCCAAGAGACAGAUUAAAACGAUUUAAACUAACGUUUACAAAAUGGCCACUCGUUGGGGUAUAGCUGGUGCUGGAAAAAUUUCACACGACUUUGUAGCGAGUAUAAUGUCCAAAGAAGUAGAACACCAUGUAAUUGCUGUUGCAGCAAAAGAUUUAUCAAGAGCACAAAAUUUCACUAAAGAUUUCAAUAUUAAAAGAUCUUACGAUAAUUAUCUAUCAUUAGCAGAAGAUAAAGAUAUUGAGGUUGUAUAUAUUGGUACGUUGAAUACAACACAUUAUGAAAUAGCAAAGAUUAUGUUAGAACAUGGUAAACAUGUACUUUGUGAGAAAUCAUUGACAAUGAAUGCGAAGCAAACGAAAUCAUUGAUAACAUUGGCUAAAAGUAAAAAUCUUUUCUUAAUGGAAGCAGUUUGGAGUCGUUUCUUUCCAUUAUAUAAAACCAUUCAACAAGAAAUUCAAUCCGGCAAUAUAGGAAAAAUUCAUCAAGUUAUUAUUCCAUUUGGAUUUAAUUUAAAAAAUGUUGAAAGAGUUAAUAAGAAGAGCCUCGGCGGUGGUACCAUAUUGGAUUUAGGCGUAUAUUGUUUGCAAUUUCUCUGCAUGAUUUUUAAUAAUAAAAUGCCUGAUAAGAUUAAAGCUACUGGAUUUGUAAACGAAGAUGGAGUUGACGUAUCAACUUCUACAACACUUUUGUACAAUGAUAAUACAACAGCUACUAUUUUAACGCACAGUUUAGUCAAUUUGUCUAACGAAGCUUAUAUCUAUGGAGAAAAGGGAACAAUACGUGUACCAAAUUUUUGGUGUCCAACUGAACUACAUUUACCAGGUCUGAAUUCCCAAAUUCCUUUGCCGAAAACUAACUACAAAAUGAAUUUCAAAAAUAGCGAAGGAUUGUAUUAUGAAGCGAAUGCAGUUCGUAUGUGUCUUCAACAAGGUAAAAUAGAACAUCCACUCAUGACACAUGAAACAUCUAUAUUACUUGCACAAUUAGAAGAUGAACUUAGAAAACAAAUUGGCGUUACAUAUCCUGAAGAUUCAACUUUUGUAGAAUAUGAUCUUUAAUUAAAUGUAUAUAAAUUGAUGUAUAAAUAAAUACAUAUACAUGUACAUAUACAAAUUAUAUUAUAC